AGAGAACCAACCGUAUGGCCUGCUACUUGUUAAAAUCCGUAUAUGUUCCUUGUCGAAACGAUUUUUGAUUUUUGCUGAUCUCUUAAGUCACAAGCAGAACACAAGACCUACGGAAGUAUCUUUCGAGAAUUGACGGCGACGAUGCCUAUCUGCAUUGAAUGCCGUUACCCUGUCAAAACACUUUGGACUCAGUAUUCGGGCGCUGGGGACAAAUCCAGUGGUCAUAAUAUCAGGCUUACUGUCUGCAAGAAAUGUGGUUGCUUCUGCGACAAGUACGUCGAACAUGACUUUGUUGUCCUGUUCAUCGACUUGGUCUUGAUUAAGCCACAAGUAUAUCGUCAUUUACUUCACAAUACAUUGAUGAAGGAUGACGAUAGUCUUGAUGCCUCGAUCCUGCGGCUCGGGCUCCUGUUGCUCCUGUUUGAUGUUUACCUGACAUGGGCGCGAGUCGAGAAACAGACAGACUCUGCUCAUGUUCCCGAUAUGGGAUCAGCCCUCAGCGGCCUAGCUCAACAGUCCAUCGUGUCCCAGUAUUUGUUCUUUUGUAAGUGGCAGAGCCCUGCCAUUACCGCUUUCCCUCUUCGUGCUAAGCUCUGCGCUGAUGACGCUGCAGUGAUUCUUUGCGCUCUCUCGUCCCUCGCUUUCCACCUCAGCAUUCGCUUCCUAUCCACUUCUCGCCUGUCCCCCGUUGUGGCUCUUAGGCUUCUUUCCCGUUAUACGCGCCCCAACUCCGUGUCGACCGCAUUGCUCGUCUCGUCUUCCACCAAACUAUUUCCGAUCCUGAUGGUAAUAUGGCAGUAUGACGUCCCGGCUGCCGCACGCUCAUUAGGUUGGGCUGUGGUAGCAAACAACGUCGAGGCUCUUCGGAUUCUGCUUGAUUGUGGAUACGGGGUCGCUGCAUUACUCACAACCACUGGUGCAGUAAGUCGCUGGGUUGUCGGUCGAAGCGUACUUUGGCUUGUCGGACUGCACAGCGUUGACUCCAUGGGCGAGGCGAGUAUUACAGCUGACGGAAAGGCAUUGUGGGCGUUACUGAUGUAUGUGAGAGAGUGGGUUGGCCAACUGGCAGCUGGGUGAUUGUGCGUUUGCUGUGCACCGCUCAGCCGGCAUGUUUGAACGUGGUUUUCGUAUGCAGGAAUGAACAUAGGACCAACUUUCGUAACUUUUAUAUGGCCAAGCCUGGGUCUCUUAUUACUGCUUUUAAUCCAUGGCGAUGAUACCUGCUCU